AUGACUGCUCUCUUUCUUCUGCAGUACACAGAUAAAGAGGAGGUGGUUCUAUGGAUGAAUACAGUGGGCCCUUAUCACAACCGACAGGAGACUUAUAAGUACUUCUCCCUACCGUUCUGCGUGGGCACCAAGAAAACUAUUAGUCACUAUCAUGAGACGUUGGGAGAGGCGCUGCAGGGGGUUGAAUUGGAGUUCAGCGGUCUGGACAUCAAGUUCAAAGAGGAGGUGAUGCAGACAACCUACUGUGACAUUGAACUUGACAAACCUAAAAGAGAUGCGUUUGUCUAUGCAAUCAAGAACCACUACUGGUACCAAAUGUACAUAGAUGAUCUUCCCAUCUGGGGAAUUGUUGGUGAAGCUGACGAGAAUGGUGAGGACUAUUAUCUCUGGACUUACAAAAAGCUGGAGAUUGGACAAAAUGGGAAUAGAAUUGUGGAUGUUAACCUGACCAGCGAGGGGAAGGUCAAGCUUGUGCCAAACACAAGAAUUCCCAUGUCAUACUCCGUGAAGUGGAAGAAAUCUGAUGUGAAAUUUGAAGAUAGAUUUGACAAGUACCUUGAUCCAUCCUUCUUUCAACACAGAAUUCACUGGUUCUCAAUAUUCAACUCUUUCAUGAUGGUGAUUUUCCUGGUUGGCCUUGUUUCAAUGAUCCUGAUGAGGACAUUAAGGAAAGACUACGCCAGAUACAGCAAAGAAGAGGAAAUGGAUGACAUGGAUCGUGAUCUUGGUGAUGAAUAUGGAUGGAAGCAGGUUCAUGGUGAUGUGUUCAGGCCGUCCAGCCAUCCGCUGAUCUUCUCCUCCCUCAUUGGCUCUGGCUGUCAGAUCUUCUCUGUUUCCCUCAUAGUCAUCAUUUUGGCUAUGAUUGAGGACUUGUAUACAGAGAGAGGGUCCAUGCUGAGUACAGCCAUAUUUGUUUAUGCUGCCACAUCUCCAGUCAACGGCUACUUUGGUGGAAGUCUAUAUGCAAAACAAGGAGGGAGAAGAUGGAUAAAACAGAUGUUCAUAGGAGCUUUUCUGAUUCCUGCCAUGGUGUGUGGCACAGCAUUCUUCAUCAACUUCAUCGCUAUCUACUACCAUGCCUCCAGAGCCAUCCCAUUCGGCACCAUGGUUGCAGUGUGCUGCAUCUGUUUCUUUGUAAUUCUACCUCUGAACCUCGUGGGGACAAUUCUGGGCAGGAACCUUUCCGGUCAGCCCAACUUUCCUUGUAGGGUCAAUGCUGUACCCAGACCCAUCCCAGAGAAGAAAUGGUUUAUGGAGCCGGCGGUUAUUGUGUGUCUAGGAGGCAUCCUUCCAUUCGGGUCUAUAUUCAUUGAGAUGUACUUCAUCUUCACAUCUUUCUGGGCCUACAAGAUUUACUAUGUGUAUGGAUUUAUGAUGCUGGUGUUGGUGAUCCUGUGCAUUGUUACAGUCUGUGUUACCAUCGUCUGUACCUACUUCCUUCUCAAUGCAGAAGACUACAGAUGGCAGUGGACAAGCUUUCUCUCUGCAGCGUCAACAGCUGUUUACGUUUACAUGUACUCCUUCUACUACUAUUUCUUCAAAACAAAGUGA